AGAGAGCGGAGCGCACUGUGGAUAAGACUGAGGCUGUGCGUCAGUCCGAGGCUGGUGCUGAGAGCGCUGUGGCUCGUGCUGUGUCUUCCUCUGUGUCCUCCUCUGUCCUCUCACAUGUCCCAGACCAGCGAGCUGCCCGCUCCGGGGCGCGCUCUGAAGGGGAGAGCCCAGAGCAUGGUGGUGACAGACAAACAUGUGGUCAUCGGGAACCCUACAGUGAAGCCCUUCCCUCCAGGCCUGCAAACCAUCAUGUUCGGCAUGGGCUGCUUCUGGGGAGCGGAGCGUCUGUUCUGGCGUCUGCCUGGGGUCUUCUCCACCCAGGUGGGAUACGCUGGAGGAUUCACCCCCAACCCAUUCUAUGAAGAGGUCCGCACAGGUUUGACGGGGCAUGCGGAGGUGGUCCGUGUGGUCUUCUCUCCCAGUGAUAUCAGCCUGGAGAUGCUGCUCAAGCACUUCUGGGAGAACCAUGAUCCAACACAAGGGAUGAAGCAGUACGAGGACGUCGGCACUCAGUAUCGCUCCACGAUCUACACGUCCAGCCCAAAGCAACAGCAGGUGGCGCUGGAGAGCAAGGAGGCCUAUCAGCAGGAGCUGUCUGCGAAGGGCUUGGGCUGCAUCACCACUGAGAUCUCAGAGGUCACACAGUUCUACUAUGCAGAGGACUACCACCAGCAGUACCUCCGCAAAGUCCCCAAAGGCUACUGUGCUCUGAAGGGGACCGGGGUCAGCUGUCCCUUGGGGGCCCAGGACCAGCACGGCGAGCUGUAGGCUGCUCUCUGCGCCUCAGUGUACUACACAGCUAUGUAAAGUGUUCCUGCCAAAUAAGUCCCCAGGGAGCGGGUGCUCCUUAAGAAGGUUCCGGGGCAGACAACUGUGCACCUCUGUUAAACCACAGGCUAAAAAUCUCACCUUCAAGUAAUCCACAUAUUGUUUGAAUGCACAUAAUUGGGCAUUAAAUAGAACAUUUGAAUACAUUUUAUGAGUAGAUUGUGGUCGUCCAGAGGAAAUAUUAUUUGCAGACCACUGUAUAAACUAUGCUGUACUGUGAUUGUGAACAGCUGCCUUCAUUUUAUAUUAAAGUGCUGUGUGU